ACGCCCUAGAGGUACAAGAGGACGGAUAAAGUAAACUACAGUGAUCUGGUAGGUACAGUAAGUGGACAUGGCCCAGUUUUGGACUAAAGCCGCUUCUCUUGCUGAACUCGUAGGUCGUAGCAGAGGUUACAUCCACAAGUUUGUGGACAGCCACUGCCAUAUAGACCUCCUGUACUCCAGACUAAAGCUGGGGAAAGAUCACAGCUAUUCAAGUUUUCUGACAGAGCAAACUGAAUCCUUUCCUGCCAACUAUGAAGGAUGUGUGGCUGUCUUUUGUUAUCCAAAAACAUUCUCAGCAAAUGAACCAGAUAAUAUCACUCUUCGAAUGGCAGGCAGCACAGACAAUGUCUGGCUAGCCAUCGGUUGCCACCCAAAGAGUGCAACUGAAUUUACUGAUGAGCACCUACAAGGUCUACGCUCUGCACUACAGCAUCCCAAAGUUGUGGCGCUCGGUGAGAUCGGACUCGACUACUCCGGAACGUUUUCUCAACAUGCCGAGACCCAAAAGAAAGUCAUGAGGUCCCAGAUUUCUCUAGCUCUAGAACUCAAGCUGCCCCUGGUCAUUCACUGCCGUGAUGCUGACGAUGACUGUCUCGUCAUUCUGAAGGAGAUGGUCCCCCAUGAGUGGCCCAUUCACCGACACUGCUUCACCCAGGACGUAGUCACAGCCCACGAGUGGCUCAGUGCGUUCCCCCGCCUCUAUCUGGGCUUCACUCCUCUCAUCACCCGCAAAACUGACGCUGUCGGCGCGGUGAAGAAAGCGGCCGCUGAUGUGCCGCUGGAUCGAGUUCUCUUGGAGACGGAUGCACCGUACUUUGUGCCGGAGGGUGUGAAGAAUGGGGUAAAGGUGACUCACCCAGGCUUUGCUCUCUUCACAGCUGAGUGCUUGGCUCAACUUAAGGAUAUUUCAGUUGACGCUGUCUUGGAAGCCUGCCGUAGAAACACCCAGGACAUGUAUGGAGUGUGACCUAGGCCUGUAGUCUUUAUGAACCCUCUAAGUUAAGUGUUGCUUACAAAAAGCGUGUGGUGUGAAGGAAAGUUGUAUUAUUUUUGCAUAUUAUGUUUAUUAUGCGAAAAAGUGCAACAAUUAGGAUAAAGGUUUCUGUUUUGUCUUGCGACGAGUUACAUGGACAUUGACGUUGAUGAUUUAGUUGUUUGAGGCUCUAAGUAGAGCCUGUUCAACUAUCUGGUAAUCAGGCGCGGUUUGUCCAUAGAGCACGGUCGUGCAGUGCCGCCCAAAAUGUUUUAAUGUUCUAUGACGUAAAGCACCCACAA